CCGUUUGUAUAAACAACUCAAAAGGACUCUAGCUUCCCCUGCUUCUCAGCAGAGCCAUGGAGGAGGGAGAUCGGAGUUGGGAGGACAUGGAGAUGGACUGUCUCUUCAUCAUCUUCUCCAAACUUGGCCUCGACGAUCUCUCCACCUCCAUCCCUUUCGUUUGCCAUUCCUGGUCCGCCGCCGCCCGCCACCCCUUUUCCUGGAGAAUCCUCAACUUCCGGUCCAUCGAUUUCAUGCCAUGGAGCUCCUUCGCCAGUAGAUUCAAAGCCCUGUUUCACGUUUCAAAGUUCUCCUUUUCUGGUUUCAUUAAGCUCGCCAUCCGCCGCAGCGAAGGCUUCGCCGGCGAGCUUUGGCUUCCCCCGCUCGCCUCUGUUGAGGAUUUGAUUCUAGCGUCAGAAGGUUGCCCGAAAUUGAGAAAACUAGCUCUGCCCGGACUGACUCUCAAAGAAGAAACUCAAAUCCCCAUUCUCUUGUCGAAAUGGAAAGAGCUUCGGCUGCUGGAGUUGGAAUCAAAGCCUUCAAAUUUCUCUCAACUGGUCGUUAAGAUUAGCCAAAACUGCAUCCAUUUCAUUGAACUGAAGAUGCCGAAUUCUGCCAUCAACAAAGACGACGUUUUGGCGAUGCAUAAAUAUCUUCCAAAACUGAGAUCUUUGGAUCUCAGCAGAGCUUAUCUGCCAAAAAAGGAGCUUCUUUUGAUAGCGGAGGGAUGCAGAGAGUUGCAGAGAUUAUGCGUGAAGAACUGCGUUGGGUUCGAAGAAGACGAAGAGGUGAAGAGAAAGGCUUGCAAGAUUGAGACUUUCGAGUGCGAGGGAUCGAAGAUGAUUCAUGAAGGUGGAUUUGGGAUGGAUGAGUGUGAUGAUUUGUAUGUUGAUGUAAUUUGAUACUGGAUUUAGUUUAAUUUUUGAUGAAGGUCGGUUCAGGCAUUUUGUCAAAACGGGAAGGAUGCUUGUUUUAAAAGUUAAUUUUAUCAUGAAGUUUAUCAUGUUGGAUACGAAACUCAUGUGAUUGUAAUGCUCAUUCGAGAUACAUUUUAAUCAUCAAAACCUCUACAAAGGGAA